AUGGACUUUCAGCACCACUACUAUGCCGGCCAAGAAGCCUUCCCGCCGCCUCUCCCGAAUCAUCUCAGCUCAGACUACUCGCCAGCACUUUCGAUAAUGCAACAAUUCCAUGCAGACCUCGUCCGCAUGGACGAAGAGCAUCUCCAGCACCGCGAUCAAGCUACCCCUCCGUCUGAAGUCUCGUCUCCAUUUCCCGACGACGAGCCACUGCCAGACACCAUCCUAGGCCGGGUACGAACCUGGUAUCGCAGGCUCUCACGCCGACGGACUAGCGACGUCUCGACUUCGUGA